AUUGUUCUCUCGCUCCGCUUAUGUUCUGACACGAUUUUAGGCGAUUUCUUGUUUCGCACGCGCCUGCAAACAGGUAAAGCAAGUCUCUAUGGUUUUCGGGAUGGUGUAGUGAAGUGAAAAGGGGUACAGUAUGGUAGUAAAGCUUGCCCACAUUCGAGAGCUUUGCGACAAUUCUCAUCUUACCACUGGUCAUGCAUGUCCAAAUAAAUGAUUCCAUAUAGUGCAAUAAAGAAAACUAAGGGUAAACAGCUCUAGUUCAAACAACUGUAUUUUAGCUCAAGGGGCACGGUAGUGUUAGUUUGUUAUGCAUUUGCAUACACUAACAAUUUAUAUCUCCCCGGGUUUCAGUCUUGAUUACCCACUCUCUCCACGAAUAUGUACGCUCUUCCACUAUUGCAGAUAUACCCCCAUCCCACUCAGGUGUUGCCUCCACCCUACUCUACAAAAGGAGAAAACGGUCCCGCUGCUAAGGCGUCCACCUCGGGUAUAAGCGUUCACCUUACCACUCCGGUCUUCCUCUGUACCCACCCACACCACAAAGGAGAAAAAUGUUACAGACUGUCUUCUUUCCACCAUCCGGGGCGCUUGCCAAUCUACCAAAGAUUUCAAACUGGGGACAUGGUAAGAAAAUUUCUAUGCCAGGUUUCCAGAAAAUCCGGAAAUUGUUGAAUUUCCUGGAAAGCGAACCAUUCAACCGAAAAUUUCGGAAUGGAACGGUAAUUGGAAAUGUCUGGAAAUUUGGGUUUUCCUUACGCGCGAGUUGUCUCUUCGGAAAUUCCGGAAAAUGUUGCUCCAUUCGCGGAAAUUUUCCGGAAAUUCCAACCAGAAUUUUUCAUCGAAUGGAAAACGGCGUCAGUGUCCUUAUACGAUGCCCCCAACAAGGCAGUUAACUGGUGUCUUUCUCUGCAGACGUUUUAUGGCUCUUGUUCUUUGAACUCUGUGUUCUUGGCCAAUCAGAUGCUGGACCUUAAGUGCGUUACUUUUCCCGCCAUAACACACCACGAGUGAAUUGCGCGGUUAGAAAACCACUGACCAGAAAACAUGUGACAAAAUAGAAGAUCUGUGCAUAUCAAAUUGCUUGCCAUAUUGACUUAUUCAACCGGAAUUGACAUCGAUUUCAUCGAUAAAGCUGGUUUGUCUUGAGGUCACUUAAAGCAGCGGAGCCCAACUGCUUUUCGAAAUUGGCUUUUACUAUUAACACGCGGCUUAACAUGCAAUAAAUUUAUGUUUCGUUUUUUUAGAUCGUGUCUUCCGAAUUCGGGUUGGUUAUUUUCUAUGCCGUUUCUAUGGCAUUUAUGCUCACUAAAGAGAAUGAAAACACUUUUAAUUAUCGAUGCACAAAGCACUGUUACUCAUCGAUUAUUCAGGAUCGUCAAGGUUUAAUUUGGACAUCUAUUGGUGCUGUUUUUGGACUACUGAUGAAAAUUGAAUUUUAAAUUGGUUGUCUUACAGUAUAACAUUCAUCUCUUACAUAAAAGAUACCCAGUGCAUCAUGGCGGAGUUCUGCAAUGAACUGAUGGAGUGUUUCACGAGUGGAUAUCAAGCAAUCACAGAUCUCGAGUAUAAAGAAAACAUGUCGUAUGAUGAGAUCGAAGCGGACAUUGAAGAGAUGAAUACAAAAUGGUCAACGCUGGAGGAAGAGACCCAGGCAAAAAUAAAAGAAACUAUAGAGUAUUUUAGCCCUUUUCGAGAAAAUGAACCGGAAGAGAGCAAAUUUGACACAAUUAAGGAAAGAACCUCGCAGCUAAAAGAGGAGUAUCUAGCUCUUUUGACAAGGCACACAGAGCUUGAAGGCUUCGUUAAAGUGGAUCCAAAAAUAGUGGAAAGGCAGUACAACUACAGCAAGACAAUGAAAGACCAAAUCAUGACACAUGGAAGAAACGCCCUGGUCGCUGCCAUUCUUCUCGGAAUGAUUCUUGGCGGAAUAAUAGCAUGGAGGACCUGCAAAAAACAAACUAUUCCCAUUGUGCUUGGAGUUUUAAUCGGAGGAGGAACUGCAGUCACCAUUGGUGGGCUACCUUAUCUCGUUUUGACAAGUGUGGCAAGAAGAGGAGUAUAUAGAUGGGAAAGUCUACAAGAACGGAUAUCGAAGCUUAAAGCCCUGGAUAAGAUCAUAGAUAAGAAGGGCGAGGAUUUGUAUCCUGUUGCUCACAUACUGCUGGAUAGAAUUAUAAACAAGCGUACUAGUGUAAGGGAUGGAUCAGAGGCACUGAUUGAACAGUGCCAGGAAUACCAAGGAACAUCGUCUUAACAGACGUGUUUAAAAGAAACAUUAAUAUCACUGAACUCUUCCUACCCCUCCAAAUUUUGGGUCUAAACCUAAGUAGCGGGAAGGAGAGUUUAAACAGAACUGCCCAUAGGGCAUGGAAGGGAGAAAUUCUGGUCUUAACUACACAGAAAAGUGUAUAAGGUCUUGUGUUACACUACCCUAUAUUUCCCUUUAUAAUAAUACAUGUACAUGCCUGAAAAGACGGUAUUUUUUAUACGUGGCAUGUUUUACGUUUGUGGUUCUCGGUAUAGCGGGCUGGCACUUCCCAUAGCCUGUUCCAGGUGUUUAUUUUCGCCUUUUCUCACAAUCUGAGAAACUGGAACAGGAGAAUCUUCCUGAAACUCAGGAACAGACUCAUUUCCAGUUCUCCACCAACGCUUCGCGAUUCGUGCUCAUUCUUAGCUCUUCCACGCCAUUUUGGCUUUCUCGUAGCGUUUAUGAGAUUGCCUGCAGUGCAUGUGAGAUAAGCAUUCUCUGAUUUUUCUUUCCGUGGUCGCUUCAUAUUAUUGCAUUUUAUUCUUGAUGGACAAAGAGAAGUAGUGUAAAGUGAAAGUAUUUUAAUCGUAUACAUGCCACAAAGUACGAUACACCACUCUACAAUCAGCGUGAAGAGGACUGAAGAGAAGCGUACAUACUCAGCAGCCGUCUAGGUUUUUUGAGACGGCCGCGUUAAAUAUUGCAGUCGUUAAUUGUAACCAUUAGGUAAUCUGGUAUAAAGAACUGUUUUUACUCAUUGAUUACAGUUUGUCAUAACAAAUAUUUUUAUCCCUAAUAUAUUUAUGGAAACAUUCACUUUCAAAAAAUUACGAAAUUUUUCAUCGUAUUAAACGCUAAAAUUUACCACCAAAAAUUAAACAUGAAAGUCUUCUAGCAUACGUGUUAUGGUUUGCAAGCAUACAUUCCUAAACAUUACAUGAUUCCUUUCGAUAUAUAAUCAAUCGAAAGCGGUCUUAAGUCAUUCUUUAUGGUCUUUAUGUUCCUUGCUCAUGAUAAGCAAUUCGUAUAGGCUUUUAUAACGAAAGCGCCGGUGUAGUCCAAAUGGUUAAAAAGAUCCGUCGA